AUGCGUCAAGAAGGGACGUCCAGGAAGAGGAAAACCACCACAAUCCUACUGCUAAGGCGCUCCCAACACAGUCCUCUGUCAGAGGUGUCCUGCUCAGAAUCACCUCCUCGUCAGGGGCCCGCAGCGGUGCCGAGGAGCCACCUGACUGAAAUGGGACAAAUGGCGCCAGCUGAGGGCAACGUUCCUGCAGUUCUGACCUCUGCCUCAGCCAGGCCUGUUCCCGCCUUUCUGCCUUUCCGUCGGGGUCAGUGCCGUCCGCAGCCGCCAGAGGGCGCCCAUGGUGCUGGGUUGGAACCUGGUCCCGCGACUGCAGGAACGCGCCUGAAGGGGGCAACCCCAGGGGCUCUUUGCUGUGGAGCCUCUCAAGUUGGCGCCUCCCUGCCACGCUGGGAAUUAGCAGACAUCCACACACCGGCCGUCACUAUCCCCUAUUUGGUUCUUCAGCCAACGCCAGAAGCCUUGGGAGGCGCUGAAGUCUUCUCAGGAGAGAAGAGAGGCAGGAAACGCGUGCAGAGCAGGUGGCUGUGGCAGCGGGAAAUGGCACCGCCCGGCGUGGCCUCCUCUGGUCUCGAGGCUGCAUCACGAGGACCUCGGUCAGCUGGGCUGGCCCAGCCGCGGGGAGGGCGCAGCGUUACUCUCACAGCCGCCUCUCAGCUCCUGAGACCUAUGGAACGCAGUUUUUACAAGGAUGGGGAUACUGUGAUUGCUGCAUUUUUCCCCAUUUACAGCUACCUCACUGAUGCAAUGAUGAAUGUUUUCAAAAAGAAUCUCAUAUUUGAAGGGUUUCAGUCCAACAACUACCAGUACGUUCUGGCCUUGGUUUUUGCCAUUGAGGAGAUCAACAAGAACCCCCAUCUUUUACCCAACAUGACCUUGGGAUUUGAUCUCUAUAAUUUCAUGCAUAGUGAAGUGAGGAUGAUGGAGAAUACCUUCAUCUGGCUUGCAGGCCUGGAAAAGGAUGUUCCUAAUUACACAUAUAGGAAACAGAGCAAGUCUGUAGCAUUAAUAUCUGGGACAAGCUUUUCUGUCCAAAUGGGGACACUGCUGGAACUCUACAAAAUUCCACAGAUGAUGUGUAAUCUGACUCUUGGGUCUUUUGAACCUCUUCUGAAUGACAGUGGUCAAUUUCCUUCCAUCUAUCAGAUGGCACCCAAAGACACUUCUCUGGCCCUUGGCAUGGUCUCCUUGAUGCUUCAUUUCAGCUGGACCUGGGUGGGCUUGGCCAUCUCAGACCUCCCCAAAGGUAUUCAGUUUAUGUCUGAUUUGAAAGUCGAGAUGCAGAAGAAUGGCAUCUGUGUGGACUUCGUGGAAUUGAUCCCAGCCACUGAGAAUUCACAUUCUUCAGUCCGCUGGCCAUAUCACAACCAAAUCCUAAAAUCAUCAGCAAAUGUGGUGAUUCUUUUCUGUGACACUGAUUCACUCAUAGGCGUCAGCUUUCAAACAUGGGAACGUUUAAUGACAUGGAAAGUCUGGGUCACCACCUCUCAAUGGGAUUUUGCCAGUGGAGAGAAACAUAUGCUGCUCCACUCAUUCCAUGGGACUCUGAUCUUUUCACACCACCAUAGUGAGAUCUCUGGUUUCAAAAACUUUCUUCGGACAGUUAACCCUUCCAAAUACCCAGAAGACAUUUACCUCUCUAGAUUCUGGUCAUUGGCUUUUGGUUGCAAAGUUUCUGGGGCAUCCUGCAAAACUUUGCAGAACUGUCUACUGAAUGCAUCCUUGGACUCGUUGCCUCUGCAUCGUUUUGAUAUGGCCAUGAGUGAUGGGAGUUACAACAUAUACAAUGCUGUGUAUGCUGUGGCCCACAGCAUACAUGAGAUGCUUCUACAAGAGGUAGAAAUGCAACCAGUGAACAAUGGGGCAAAGGUGGCAUUUUCUCCCUGGCAGCUACACUCAAUUCUCAAGAACCUCCAAUUUACGAAUCCUGUGGGUGACCUAGUGAAUUUGAAUCAAAAGAGAAAAUUGGAAGCUGAAUAUGACAUUCUCAACUUUUGGAAUUUUCCAGAUGGUGUUAGAUAUAAGGUUAAAGUAGGACAGUUUUCCCCAUAUGUUCCUCAUGGCCAACAGUUGUCUCUCUCUGAGAAUUUGAUAGAGUGGGCCACGGGAAUCACAGAGACUCCACACUCGGUAUGCAGUGUGAGUUGCAGCCCUGGAUUCAGGAAAACCCCUCUGGAGGAAAAGCCUACCUGUUGUUUUCAUUGCACACCUUGUACAGAGAAAGAGAUUUCCAAUCAGACAAAUAUGGACCAGUGUGUGAAGUGUCCGGAGCAGCGGUAUGCCAACACAGAGCGAGACCACUGCCUGCACAAAGCUGUAGCCUUCCUGGCUUAUGAUGACCCCUUAGGAAUGACUCUGGUCUGCACAGAUCUGUGCUUUUCUGUCCUCACCGCUGUGGUUCUUGGGGUCUUUGUGAAGCACCGAGAAACUCCCAUAGUCAAGGCCAACAAUCAUUGUCUCAGCUACAUCCUGCUGAUCGCCCUCAUCUUCUGCUUCCUCUGCUCCUUACUGUUCAUUUGUCGUCCAAGUACAGCCACCUGUGUCCUAGGGCAGACCAUGUUUGGAGUGGUGUUCACCAUGGCUAUUUCCACUGUCUUGACCAAAACUAUCACUGUGGUUCUGGCCUUCAAGGUCACUGCCCCAGGGAGAAGGAUGAGACACUGGCUGCUAUCAAGGGCACCUUACUCCAUUAUUCCCAUCUGCUCCCUGAUCCAACUGGCUCUCUGUGCCAUCUGGCUUGGGACUUCUCCUCCCUUUGUUGACACAGAUGAACACUCUGAGCAUGGCCACAUCAUCCUGGUGUGCAACAAGGGCUCAGUCACUGCCUUCUACUCUGUGCUGGGCUACCUGGACUCCUUGGCCCUGGCGAGCUUCACUGUGGCUUUCCUAGCCAGGAAUCUGCCUGACACGUUCAAUGAAGCCAAGUUCCUGACCUUCAGCAUGCUGGUGUUCUGCAGUGUCUGGGUGACCUUCCUGCCUGUCUACCACAGCACCAAGGGGAAGAUCAUGGUGGCCGUGGAGGUCUUCUCCAUCUUGGCCUUCAGCACAGGGCUCCUGAGCUGCAUCUUUGUCCCCAAGUGCUACAUUAUUCUCUUCAGACCUGAGAACAAUGCUUUGAAAGGAUUAAGGGAUAGAAUAGUUCCCAAGGUAUCAGAUGUUCUGAAGAGUAGCUCUUAA